CUUUAACAGUAACUGAAAACCAUACUAUAUUCUAUCUUUUGAAAUGUGUUUUCCCUCCUAAAUGUCCAAGUGGGUGUGUAAUACAGUCAUUGAUGGAAAAUGAAAGUGUUCUCAUAUCUACAACUGACUCUCCGGUAUACUUUCCUGGGACCAGCAGUCAGAUGCAUAAUGGAACCUUUGAUUCACAAAGUCUGUUUGCUAACUUUCCUCGUCGUCUUCGAUGCCACUUCAUCUGUUGCAGACCUCAGCCUCAUAGUCCCUCCUGACCCUGUAGUUGCAUCUGCUGGUGAUGACAUCAUCCUUCCCUGUCAUCUCUCUCCUCAAAGUAGUGCUGUUGCCAUGGAUAUCAGGUGGUUUAAGGAGGGAGACUUCACUAACCCCCUGUAUUUGUAUAAGAGCAGAACGGGGGAAGAGGGGGAGGGCUAUAAGGGCAGAGUGAGUCUCUUCACCCGGGAGCUGGAAAGAGGCAACUUAUCGCUGCUGUUGAAGAAUGUCAAGGUGUCAGAUAGGGGACGCUACAAAUGCCAAGCCAGCCACUUGGAUUGGAUCCAGGAACCAGCUGUUGUGCUUCAAGUUACAAAGCAGGGCAGUGUCCCCAGGAUCUCCAUGAGGAAGCACCACAGAGUGUUCAUCCAGCUCAGCUGUAGCUCAGAGAACUGGUACCCAGAGCCUGACAUGUUGUGGACAGACAGCAGUGGGAAGGAGAUCACCUCAGCAGAGACAGAGAGACCCAAACAGAAGGAGGGGGGCGUCCUGUACUCCAUCACCAGUAACACGAGAAUAGGGAUGGACCAACUGGGGGGGGUCACCUGUGUGGUAAUGUCAAAGGACCGGGGAACCAAGAUGGAGUCUGCAUCACUGCAGAUGACUGAGGAGUUCUACCUCAGCAGUCUCCCUGACCGCGUCUACAUCGCUGCAUUUGUGAUUCCUGUGUUUCUGGCACUGGUGUGUAUCACAGCAUCUGUCCUCUUUGUCAUGCACCAGAAAAGAGAUAUUCAGGAGAAACUAAAGCCUAUUGAUGAAGUCAUAGCAGAACUAAAAGAGAAGAAGAAAGAACUCACCAAAAAUAAUCAGCUAUUGGAAAUAACUGGAACAAUUCCAGACACCGUUUGGACCUUAAUGGUGUAUCAUCAUGCAGUGGAUGUGACUCUGGACCCUGACACCGCACACCCCAAACUCACUGUAUCUGACGAUAAAAAACGUGUCAAGUUUGGAGACCUACGGAGAGAAAGGGGCACUGAGAAGAGAUUUGAGGAAAAGCAGUGUGUCUUGGGAAUGGAGGGAUAUGAUAUAGGCACACAUUACUGGGAGGUUGACCUGGGGCAGAAGAGCCAGUGGAGUGUUGGAGUCGCACAGGACCCAGAGAACAGAAACAACACACCAAUGAUUCCAGAGAAUGGCUAUUGGAGCAUACGUUUGGAAAACGGUGUAUUGAAAACAGUUGACAGGUCUUCUAUUGUCCUUCCCACUGAACUGAAACCUGGAAAGCUGGGGGUGUUAGUGGACUAUGAGGAGGGAAAGAUAGUGUUUUUCAACGUUGAGAAGAAAUGCCACAUCCACUCCUUCCUUGGAAGAUUUGAUAAGACACUCUAUCCGUUCUUUGGUCCUUUGAUUGGUUGUACAGAGGAACUCAAAAUCUCACCCAUCCCUCAAGCUGAAAAGUGAACCUAUAAAAGAUUGCAGUUGUCAGGCAAGGCCAUAGCAUUUUUUAUUCUGUCUUUAGUACCCCAAACUCUCUGUGGUUUAAAUUGACCAUGGAGAAAAUGAUUGAUGCGUGGAGUGCAAUCCGGAUUAUCUUCCAUUGUUUGAGUAAUUAUUUAGCUUUAGCUAUUAUUCACUUUUUUAAGAUUGAGUUACUUUAAACUUUUACUUAUUUUGUCACACACAAAUUGAUCUGAGCGAUGUGAGAUGGAAUGUUUUCCCCCUUUUCAUAGCUGUACUGUUUUCUAAUGUUUUAGAUGUAACUGUAUACAUCUAUUAAAAUCUCUGUUUUGAUUCUGUA